UUAAUUAGCCACAGCCGCCACACCUCUAUGAUGAUCUUGUCAUUUUUGCAUUGAUCAUGUGUCCAACUACCGGCUCUCACAGAAAGUAACCCUUUUUCUCUCUCUUAUUCUUUCUAAAAGACAAAGAUGAGUAUGACCUCUUUACUUUCGGCGUGUUUUACAGCGUGUCUUGUCUGUAUUUUACUGUUCUGCUGUAGUGUUACUUGUACAAUCACCCUGACUCAGAAUGUCACUAAUAGUGAAGAUGACGUCACUGUUUUUCCAAGCAUAGUGGUCCAGUUAACAUGUGCAUCAAACACUAGCGUCAUCUUAUGGCAGAUAGAAGAUGGUAACAAUGAAAUAGCUACUCUAAAUCCUACGACACUUGGGGAUUUCUCUAUAAUAUUGCUAGAGAGUAUAUACAAUGAUUCUUUGACUGUAUCCAUAGCUACUACCGUAGCAUCAGUGAAUACCUCAUUGGCGUGUUUCGAUAAUGAUGGAUCCUCAGAUAGUAUUAGUAUUUUUAUCAAGCCAGUUGUACCACAGAUUAGUCUAAUACAGAGUGUCACCAACGACUCAACCAAUGUCACUAUUUGUCCUAAUACUCUGGUAACCUUUACUUGUCAGUCAACCACUGGUAUAGUCGUAUGGAGAACGGACAAUGGACAAAGUUCGUCACUUGCUAGACUAGGAGAAACUACAACUCUAGGGAUAUUUGAGCUUUCAGUGACUAAUGUAAUAGCAUUGGAUCUAUUAGUGGAAUCUAUUGCUAGUACUGAAUCUGCUGUUAACGAUUUUACUAUAAGUUGUCACACUGCAGUCACAAAUGGUUUAUCGUCUAGUUUAUUCAUGUCUAUAAGAGUUGUGCCUGACCCCAUAAUGUCAGUGUAUGUAAUUGAUGUCUGUUAUGACAGCAUCUCUUUCAAUUGGACUGAUACUAUCAAUGACCUUGGGACUCCACAACUGGACUAUUAUCUAGUGACCCUCUCUCCUUCUCCCCUUUCUUUCUCUCCACAGGAGAUUAGUGAUGGUGUCAGUAGUAUUGUCACUGGUUUGAGUAGUGAUACUACAUACACUGUCAGCAUAUCUCCUGUAAAUUGUGCUGGAAGUGGUAGCCCCAUUCAAUUCCAAAGGACUAUUGUCACUAGUGAGCCUCCUGUCCCAAUGCUUGUUGACCUUGUUCGUAUUAGCUUUACAAAUACAACUAGCACCAUAUUUGUACAAUGGCAGCUCGAUAGUCCUAUUGAUUGUCUAGAACCGCCUGUAACUACAUUUGUGAUCAUCAUUUCUGGUGUAUUACAGUUUGAGAAGAUGGUCUCUGGUUCACAGACUAAUAGUACCUUCACUGUACCUUCUUGUGGGGCGUCAGCAGUUACUGUGAGUGCAGUGAACAGUGCUGGAUCUAGUGAUCGCUCUAGUCCAUUGAUAUUCACUGGUAGCAAUCUUGCAUUAUUUGUAUCAGCAACUUCAGUAACUGACAAUUCAGUGACACUAUCAGUGACAGUCACCCAAUGCAUUAGAUCAGCCAUUGCUAACAUUACUAUCACUUAUCACGCUCGGUCCACUAAUGACAUCAUGACCAGAACAGCUACUCAUCCAGAAAACAGUGACUCAGCACUCAUCUCUUUAACUGGUCUCCAGUCCAGUACAUCAUACAGUGCUUCAGUUGUUGUGUAUUACAAUGGAAGUGAUGGGAUUAAUUUGUUAGGACCACACAAUGUUACUUUUACCACCACACAAUCUCAAUCUACCAGUGAGGCACUGAUUAUUGGUCUGUCUGUUGGUUUCUCAGUCAGUUUGAUUAUAGCAGCUGUCGUUAUUCUUAUUAUAUUUGUUGUCUGUUUUAGAUUCAAAAAGAACACUAAAAAAUUCCGACAAAAUUUAGAAGCCAUCAAGGCCGACAUACAUGAUGUAAAGCAGAACGUGGGAGAACUUUCCAUCACCAACCAAUCGAUAGGGCCAGCAAUACAAUAUAUGGCGGAUAAUAGAUCAUAUAUUGCAUCUCAAGUUCCAAUGAGAGCUGUCAAUAUAUUAGAGGAGAAGUAUAGUGAUGGCACAGAUGAUACUAUGUUAUAAAUGCUAAUUUAAACAGAAAUUCACUUUUUGUAUUUCGUUUUUAAAUGCACAGACUUAACAGCAAUAUUUUUCUUUAUUUAUUGAUAAUAAUUGAUGUUUGUUUGGUAUUUUAA